AGGUGGUUUAAUCGGGACCGUGAUCCAGAGCCCCUGAACAACAGCCCCUCAAAGCCCGAUAAAAGUGUUGUUGAUUUCGCAGUGGCAAAAUGGCAACGCUAAGUUUAAAGGCAGCUCAAAGGUACUCUGUUCCAGACUGGUUCUCCAACAAUAACCAGAUUUCAACCAGUUCAGAAAGACAGCGUUAUAUGUCCCAUCAGAUACGCCAAGAAGGCAGGGCCCUGCGGAAUGAAACCAACAAUCAGACUAAAUGGGAUCAAGAAGACAACAGCACCAGACUCGCCGAACGUAUGGAUGAGGUAGAGCGAUGGAAAGAAAACUUAGAGAACACUCUUGGCGACAUUAACACUGAGAUAGAUGCUUUAAGCAAAAGUAAGGAGGAAGCAGAACUUGCUUUAGAAGCCAAGAAUCUGAAUCUCGAUGUUGCCACUGAGAAUCUGACUUUACGGGAAGGCCGACAGGAUAUUGAUCUUGUGACGGAUCAAGUGCAUGAACAGCUUCUUAAGGAAGUUGAGGUGAUCGAUGGCUCAAAGAAAGCUCUUCAGCAAAAAAUCACUGAAGCCUUUGAACAACUCUGUUUGUUGAUGGAAGCGCAUCAGCAGUUAAUCUUUGAUAUCAACAAUAAAAAGGAUGCUUUGAAUAUUGAUGGAGUCGCCUUGUCACUCAACAAUAACUCCCCAAAUAUCUCCUUCAAACCGAACCCAUUACGUAUCCCUCCAGGCUCCACCACUAAACAGCAAUGGGAUAUGUUCAGUCGGUACAACAAGGAUCGUGCAGAUGCAGAGAUGAAAGCUUCGACCAGUCUCCGUGAAGCAAUUUCAGCUACCAUUAAACAUACUGAUAACGAAAUAGAGGCACAACGGGUUGCCACGGACUUUGCCUUCAGGAAGAGAAUUCAUGAAUUUGAACAGGCGCUUAGUGAAUUGAAGUGGCAGGAGAAAAAUCUCUCGGAGGAGAUCGCAGAUCUUGAAGAGGAUAUUCGACGCCUUGAAGCAGAUCUUCGAGCUAAGGCUGCCCCUUUAAAGGUGGCUCAUACAAGACUCGAGACUCGCACCUACCGACCUAAUGUUGAUCUCACCAGAGAUGAUGCACAGUAUGGACUGGUAGAUGAGGUUCAUCAGUUGGAGGGGACCAUCGAAGCGCUCAAACAGAAACUUGCCCAAUCUCAGGAUGCUUUGACUUCUCUGUACAAGCAACUUGCUCGUGUACAAGAGGAUAUCGGCUUCAAGACCCAUUCACUCUGUCUUGAUAAGCACAGCAUGGAUGUAAGAGCAAAACUAACAACUCCACCUGAGAAAUAUGUGUCAAAGAUGGAUAGCUUCACCCGUACACCCAACCGACAACUGUCAGAAAUUAAAUGCCGACAACUUGAAUUAUUAUAA